UGAGUGAUCAUUCAUUACCCGCCCGAGGUGCGCGGACCUUGCCAAUAAGGACAUACUAUCGGGUCUCCGCAGGCGAUGUAUGAACUCACUGUUGUUUAUUCUGUGCCCCUGUUGGCGCUGGUUGGCUGCGUACGCGUCAAAGAUGACCCAUUCUGUGUUCCUUUCACCUACACGUGCGGACCCAUCCCCCCGUCGCCGCCAGCCAGCUACGUCGCCCACGUGGAGGUUGUGGACCAUCUCUACAACCGGACACGUUAUAUGGAGGAGUUCUUCAUGUACCAGCAGCAAGUGAUGGCGCUCGUUGACACCUCCUCUGACAGCUACACUCGCUCCAUUUUCUAUUACCCCAUCAACACUGCCGUCAUCAUCACCACCUUUAAGGAUGUAGAAACUGGAAGGCUACGGACGGAGUGUGUGACAGCGGAGAUCGCGGACAAGAGUCCAUGGCUGGUCGUUGGUAACUCCUCCAGUACAGGGCCGCUUGUGGCUGUCGCUCCCUCUCAGGCUCUCCUCUUUGGUGGGGACUACAAGUAUUCGUGGGUGGAUAACACGACGGAGAGAGAGAUCCCUUGCAACCGCUGGGACGCCUGCAUCUACGCCCGCGACAACGACACCUUCUACGUCGAGUACCACUGGUCGGACCCCAACCAAGUGCUGGAUAUGUUCGGGUUCACCAGUGAGCGACCCGUCACCAUGAAACUGAGCGGUGAGAUGUACCUUGAUGGCGAUCCCCGCCCCUUUCCCAUCCUCGCCAGCUACAACUUCGCUCUCUUUGACGACAACCCUGCUUGGGAGGACCUCCGGUGGGUAUUUGAGAUCCCAAGCGACGUGUACUGUGCCGGCCUGCCAGACACGAGGGAGCCGCCCACACGCCUCGCCGACGCCUACUCCAUGAGGGUUGAGGUCACGGCACAGACCUCCUUGUCGCCUGAGCAGGAAUUUGUCAGUACUGUCAAGAACUGGUAUGAAUAUACUCGACAACUGACCCGAGCUGACUAUAUACCUACAGAGUCCUCCGAAGAGUACGCCAUCGCUGGUCUCGUUGAAAUUGCAGCUAUCAAGGACUUCCUGAGCGGAGUGGAAUACAUCAUAGACAAGUUUCUCGGGAACUGCACCACCAUUCCCAUUCCUGACGAUGAAUACGACACCAUCACAGACCCCUCAGGUCGCGUCACUAUCAAGGACCCUCUCACACUCUUCGGGAUGGGCAAGGUGGCGAACCUGACCUACUACGGCACGAAAUACGCCCGCGAGCUGCCGUGUGACGUGUGGGUGGGCCACCUUGACCUCGACACCGACAAUGGCACCAUCCAGGACAGCUACCUCUAUGAGGUUUAUUUCCUUCAGUCGUGGUGGCAUGAAGACAGCGGGGCUCAGACACAGCCCAAGUACCCUGAGCCGGUGCUGAUCAAGAUCCAGCAGGACAUCACUAAUCCUCUCUACCCUGGCGCCGCCGUCUUCGUGGACAUUGAACAAAAUAUAUUUAAAUUUGACGAAGAGACUCCCAGCCUGACAGUGUAUGAUAUCACUCCAUGCUUCAGUGGUCAUGACCACAUCAGACGAUUCCAGAUAGCCUUUCCAGGAGAGUUCCGUGGUGACUAUGAUGGUAAUCCGGUUGAAUUCACCGACUCUGUACAAGAUGGCCUGUCAUUCACCAUAGGCAUCCCUCCAAUACGUGUACAGCAUGUGCUGAUGGAAUUCAAUGAACACGAUGGGCGACUGUACUGCGAGUUCACCCUGGUGGACCAGCCGCAAGUGGCCAACAUGGACUUUCCGGAUAGCGUAGGUCCACCUCUUGGCCAGGUGGUACUUGAACUCCAGGCUGCCAUGGGGCGUCUGAUCAUUAUUCUGUAUGACCCCAGUUAUAACACUCCAGGGCACAUAAAGAUGAUGGAGGCCUACAACGACAGCCUUCGGGAACUGUUUGAAGACAAUUGCACCUCAAUGUUGUUCCCAUCACCUUUCAAGUCACAAUUACUGCAUAGUGGCAAUCUCGUGGCACACAGCAAUUUACUUCAGGUGGAUUCUGUACACUUGGACAAAGAUGACGGUGAAGCCCACCAAACUCAUAAAGCAUCUGCUGAGCCAAUGAUCCAUGGUGUCAACCUUCACCAAAGAGCCUAUCUAAUUGGUAAAGAGAUAAAUAAGACUGCAGUGAUGUACACACCAGGUGACAUGGCUGGAAUGGGAAUAGGAAUGUUCUUUCUUGGCCUCCUGUUGGGAACUGUUGUCAUGCUGGCAACUCUAAGUAAGUUUGGACUGACAGAAGGAAUGGAGUUUAUCGCUAUGCACUCUCGCAGCUCAUGAAACAUGCAUGUAAAGAAGAUAGCAGAGCUAUUUGUCAGCAAAAAUAGUUACAGUAUUUAAUGAAUUAGAUAAAUAAGUCAAUGUGUUAGGUCAUAUUGUACUAAAUGGAUAAAGCUUAGGAUCUUACAGGGGAAAAUAAUUGGUGAAUUGGUGUAUGUUCUUCAGUGUUCAGUGCACUGUGGUCCACAGUUAUUUUCCUCCAUUAGGCACUUUUAAUCUUUUAAGAAAUGUAGUGUAUCAUCCAUUCAUGUAUACAUUAUCCUCUGAAAGGAAUUCCACUGCCUCACUGUGCUUCCUAUGCUGGAUAUAUAUGAACAGUCAUAAAAUCAAACUUAGUACUGUACUGUAUAAUGUGUGUUAAGGUGAUGUUGGACAUAUAAAUAGUCACUGUCAAGGAGCCGUGGGAAGGAUAAGAGGAAAGGGGGUGAAAAUGAUGAUCAGGGGACGGGGGUGCCAAAGCAGGCAAACAGAUCUUCCAAAGUGGUUAAACUUUGGGCAUGUUUAACUACCACAUGUCUGAGAGGGAGAAAUAAAGUGAAAUAUCAAUAAGAAAUGGAAAUCAGAAGGUUAGACCCCGGGAAAACUGCCUUCCAGGUCAACGAGACAGUGCAGAUAGGGUACUUUGUCCGUAGUGACACUCUUCCUGUUUAAUAGAAAAGGCUGAUCCAAACAAUAGCAAGAUAUUUUUGCCUACAUCGAUGGAGAGACCUCCACCACUCUCAUGGCCGAGCCCAGACACCCAUACCCAUCCAGACGAGCGGCCCCUCCAAUGAUCCAAAUGGGGUUCCCACAUCAGCAGGUGCAUUUAGUUGCACAGCAGGCAGGCGAGGAGACUAGGAGCCAUCCUCAACCGUGAGAAAACAGCACACAUGAGCUUCUUCUCCCUCACCUUGUAAAGAUAGCACCUUUUCUUGUUAGAUAUAUAUAUAUAUAUAUAUAUAUAUCUCCACUCACAUACACUUCUUAGCCUCUUAUAAUAUUUGUUUUUCCAACAGUUAAGGCAAAUUUUAUAACUUUUCAGUAAGUUUUACUAGAUUCACAUUCUCGAUAGUUUGAUGAUAUAAACAAAAUCGACUCCAUGACUCCAUUAUCGUCACAGAUAAAACUGGCUCGUUACAUUUGUGAUAUAACGUUGACCAUAAUUUUUGAGAUAUGACAGCAAUUAUGCAUUAUUUUAGUGGGCUGAACUACAUGAACAAUUUGCACCAUGUGACUUUUGAAUCAUUUUAAAUUUGCCACUUCUUUCACAUUCCUGCAGUUAAUAGAAACUGAGGAUAUAUAUAUACUGUACAUGUAUAUCACAUUUCUUUAACCAACUUAAUGUGCUAUUCAUAUUUCUGUAAGAUUGUAUUCAUUCAUUCAUCCUAUAGUACAGUAGUACUUUGAUAAUACAUAUUCCAUACAAUCUCCAGGAUGGUCUGUCUACCUUGUCUGAACCACCCUCUCAAUUGUGAGAUGAUGUGUGUACAUUUGCUAACUUAACUUUCACUUAAAGUAAUCUAGGCAGAUGAUCUUUGAAUUUAUAAAAUGUAACAAUUAAAUUUUGUAUGACCUAACUUUCUUGAGACAAGCAGAACACAGUAGUAAGAAUGUAGUUUUAAAGUUUUAUUACUAAUACUUAAUGCAUUCAUGGACAUUUUUAUAAAUAAUUGCAUACACAUCAGUAUAUUUGUCAAAAAUUGCACACAAACAUCCAAAUCAAACAAUGGAAUAAAAUUUUAAUUCAUUCAAUACAUUUUUGACAGAUUUGGAAAAUACACAUCUAUUAACAUUAAAAAGAUUCUAUUCACCUGAGCUCGAGGAGACUCAAACCUCACUCGUGUGAGGCCAAAGCUCUAUUUUCAAGCUAUUUCCCAUUAAGACUUCUCAAUAGCUCAGUCGAUAAAAGCUUCAGCCUCACACGAGUGGGGUCCACGGUUCAAGUCUCCUAGAGCCCAGGUGAAUGGAAUUCUAUCAAUAUUUUACAAGUUAGGAAAUAAAAAUGAAUUCAAGUAUUUCUUAGACCACACCUUGGAGACUUGCACCUGUUGCACAACCUGCUAGUUUAACAAGUGCUGCAAAUGGGAUUAUUUUGUAAUUCUACAGCUCUGUUUUAAAGAGCAAAUGAAUGACAAAAAAUAUAGUAUACAUAACUCAGUCAGAAAUAUUAGAUGAUAAAACUAGAGAAGUGUUUCUAUAAAGGAAAAUUCCAACAUCAACCCCACAAAAUACCAUGACUAAGCGCUCCAACAACUCUCAUGGACAGAGUCGAGACUUCAAAAGUCACCAGUUCUUACUAGGUGCUUUAAGUAAAUGGGAGCUGUGGAUGGUAAACAAAAAAAAUUGAACUACUAUAACAAUGUAGAUAGGGACAGCUAACACACACGCAAAUGUUUCUAGACCUCUAAGUGAUUAACACUACCAAACAGCCACGUUUUCAUCAGGAAAGUAAACUAUUUAAAAACCGCCACUGCUUAGUGUCAAAUGCUAGCUACCUGAAGGUACUCAUCUCCUUGCUUCUCGUGGUAAGCAAAACAUCUUGAGGAAUACUGUAUGCCAUUUGACACUUUCUAAUACUGUAUUUAUUUAACCUAUAUUCAUAAAAAUUUUGGCCAUGAGACCAGUGAUUUGGUUAUUAUUUUAUGAAAACAAUCCAGAAACCACCAGAAGCACUUUGACAUGAAUUAAUUGCAAUAGCUCACAUGCAGCAGACUAAAUGCUGCUGCCUUAAACAAUAUACUAUUAACAGUAUUCAACUUGGUAUCCAGAUGAAUAAUUAUAACAAAACACGUAUGCAUUAUGAAGCACC